AAUAUGAGCGAAGAAGGAAAAUCCUUACAUUCUGACAAGGAGUUUCGCUGGUAUCAGAUCGUAUCCUGUUAGACAUACUGCUAAUUCGAGAGUUACGAUGGCACGUACCAAACAGACUGCUCGUAAAUCGACUGGAGGAAAGGCGCCUCGUAAACAGCUGGCUACUAAAGCCGCAAGGAAGAGUGCUCCAGCCACCGGUGGCGUAAAAAAACCCCACCGUUACAGGCCUGGCACUGUGGCUCUUCGUGAAAUCCGUCGUUAUCAAAAAAGUACGGAAUUGUUGAUCCGUAAAUUACCAUUCCAGCGGCUCGUCCGUGAGAUUGCUCAAGAUUUCAAGACUGAUCUUCGCUUCCAAAGUUCUGCUGUAAUGGCUCUUCAAGAAGCUAGCGAGGCCUAUCUUGUCGGUCUUUUCGAAGAUACAAACUUGUGCGCUAUUCACGCUAAGCGAGUCACAAUUAUGCCGAAAGAUAUUCAACUGGCACGUCGUAUUCGUGGCGAACGAGCUUAAGCGCAUCAAAUUACAAUUAUAGAAUUAACAAACGGCCCUUUUUAGGGCCAACAAAUUAUCUAACAGGAUAUCUCCCGUUUGCAUGCAUGUUAAUUUUAUUUCAAAUUACAGGAUUAUAUUUUAAUACUACAUUCUUAAAUGUGUUUAUCGGAUAAAGUUCAAUAUUUGAAAUAUUAUAUUCAAAGUAUAAAUUGAAACUUGAACUUGCAAAUUGUAUUAUUUCUUAAUUGAUAUUACAAUGAAUAGAAAAUAGAAGUUAAAUCUAAGAUUUAAUUAAUGUACAAUUUAAAAGAAGUUAUUUUAAUUCCAAUAAUUUGAUAAACAACAUUUGGAUUAAUAGAAACAAAAAUAUUUUCGAAAUGGUUUUUAAACUGUUAAAUAAUUUAUUAAAAUUAUAGUUUAAAAACUUGUUAAUUUUUUUAUGUAGUAAUUUUAUAUACUUUGACCACUAUACUAGUAAAAUCGAAGAUUUAUCGCUUACAAUAUUUACAGUCAGUGUACAUGAUAUUUAACGUUGCUCUUGUUAUUUGUAUAAUGAUUUAUUAUAGUUUUACAUUGUGUUUUAUCAAUCUGAAAGUAUGUUAUUUUCAAAUAGAUUUUUAACUAAAAAAAAGAUCAUGAAUCAACAACUAAUAAUAAACAAGAA